UUUGUUGUUAUCUUUCUUUUAUUGGUUAAAUUCGAACUUCUUAAACAAAAGCUGCACGACUCACCUUUGGUCAAUAUUGACCCAAACGUUGUCAUCUGUGCACCUGGCGCUGACUUUACUCCUUCUUCUGUCAUGUUGGACGAGUUUCCAUACAUUUAAGAAGACUUCUUUAAACGUCCUCUUGAGGAUACCGACCGUCGGCGAUUCUUAUUCGAUUGCCCAAGAACACAUUACGAAAUCUUGAUCUACCCAAGCUUAACAAAGUCAAUUUACAUUCUUCAUG